CAGAAGAAGAAACAAGAACCAAUGUUGCAUGUUGGGUCUCUUUAUUUGUCGCCGAAUAAAUUGUGCGUCUGAAAUUUUGAGCUGAGCGCGUAGAUGCUGGAAAGAAGAAAAAUGACGGUGGUGGCGGACGUUAUUUUCUCCAUCAGUCAAACACAUGAGAAGGAAGAUGCUGUUCUCCUUCGGUGCUCCAGAGCUUUCGUGGGGGACAGAGAACUGUAUCGCUCUGAUAACAGACUGCUUUCAUCUGGCAGAGAAGUCACUGAAGUGCCAGAAUCUGAAGAUGAGGAAGAGGUAGAAAUCUUGGAUGAAGAGUCUGAGCUGAUGGCUAAGAUGGGUUUGCCUGUAGCAUUUGCCAGCUCUUCUGAACAGAAGGUUCAGAAAAAAAGAAGGCCAAACAGAAAGCCUAUCACGCGUACAGAAGAACUGCCUAGAGAUAAGGAGGAAGACAAAGAUUUCCAGCAGGUCUCCAAAGCAGCUCUGUCUGACCACGGUGUGAUUUCUGAAGAGGAACAUCAGAAUGAAGUGCACCAAGUAAUGGAUGUGGCAGAGGAGAUCCAUGACAAUUCCUGGGAAACCUACUGGGGUAAGAAGAGCAACACAAUGGUUAAGAAUGGACAGGACCUGCUGUGGAACUCCUGGCUGGAAAACCAUCCAGACACCAGUGCUCCGUCUGGAGACCAUCUUGGAGCCGUCACUGCUCCCUGGAAUAAUCCAGACACGAAAGCUCUCUGGGACCAACUGGCUGCAGAGACUUACUACUUGUAUUGGGAGCGAUUUUCAUAUUGGACAUUGCUGGGCUGGACUACUGAGCCUCAAAUGUGUAACUCGAACACUAGUGAUGAAGUGGAGACUGACGCUCUGAUACAGUCAGAAGAACAAAGUGAAGGGGAAACUGGAGCUGGGAGCCGAGAGGAAGAAAACGAAGUUGUUAUUAUGAGUAAUCUGCUCAGAGAAAACUGCAUAGUAGAGCAAAGCAGGAGCUGUGCAGUUGACUUGGAGACCAGCAGAUUCCUGUUUUUUAGAGCUGAUGUUGGAAAGCAGUCAGAUGAGGAGAUUUACUGUGGGGAACCAUCAGAUGCUGGGGAUGAUCAGAAGGAACCUGCUGGUCGCUCUCAGGACAGCUCGGCUAAACAAACAGAUUCAAAGCAAGUCGCUGUCCUACCUCAGAGAGUCUGUGACUCAAACAGUAAAACUUCAGAGAGAACAGGUGAUGAUGAGGAUGAUGAUGACGACAAGCACCCAAGAAGAUUUAUGAAAACCAAAUGCAGUCAUGAGCUGGAUGUGGAGGAGUGUCCACAGCUUACACUGAAGGAGGUUUGGUCCAAACUAGGACUCAAGCACAAGCAACCCCAGUCGGGAAUUGUCAUAAACUAUAAACAUUUCAAUGGUCCAAGGCCUAAAAAGACCAACAAGGUAGUCAGAAGCAUCAACAAACACACCAGAUUCUCUGAGAUGGAUGAAGAUGAAAUUAAAUCAAAUCAAAUUAGCCCUGCCCUCUACAAGGUUCAAAAUUUUCUUCAAAACUUGCCAAGGGAAGCUGAGAUGACGGAUGUAAAAGAGGAAAAGCCUGUAGAAGAAGAAAGAUGCAUUUAUGAAUCCACUUCAGAAACAAAAAUGAUGGAGGACAAUGAAUGUUCCUCUUCCUCCAACUUCAUUGAAAGAUCUGUGGAAGAGCCAAGUGAUGUGGAGAAUCCUGGAAGAUCACUAACAUUUCAAGAGAAGCUGGACCUUGUUCCAUCACACACACUUGAAGGACACAUGGUAAAGCAUGUGAAGAAGCCAAAUAAAAACCGUAAAAGAAGAAAGAAGCCGAAGGUUCCAGCAGAGAUGGCAGCAGACCCCGAGCUUGUCAAAUACUGGGCUCAACGCUACCGCCUGUUUUCCCGGUAUGACGAAGGGAUUAGGUUGGAUCGAGAAGGCUGGUUUUCUGUGACACCAGAGAAGAUUGCUGAGCACAUUGCCCUCAGGGUGGAACAGAGCUUUGCUGACUCCCAGGUGGUGAUCGAUGCUUUCUGUGGUGUGGGAGGCAAUGCCAUCCAGUUUGCACUCACUGGAAAGAGAGUUGUGGCGAUUGAUAUAGAUGCAGAGCGGCUGGCCAUGGCUCGGCACAAUUCUGUGGUCUACAAUGUUGUUGACCAAAUUGACUUCCUUCAAGGAGACUUCCUUCAGCUGGCGCCCACUCUGCGUGGUGACGUAGUCUUCCUGUCCCCACCAUGGGGCGGACCGGACUAUUUGAAUGCGGAUGUGUUUGACAUUCAGACCAUGAUAGAACCUGAUGGCUUCAGGAUCUUCAGCCAAGCCAAACAGAUAACAGAAAAUAUUGUGUAUUUCCUGCCCCGCAACGCAGAUAUGAAUCAGGUCGCUUCUUUGGCAGGUCCAGGCGGGAAAGUCGAAGUGGAGCAGAACUUCCUUAACAACAAGCUUAAGACUGUAACUGCUUAUUUUGGCCACCUGAUAAACCCUGAUGCCUAGCAUUUGCCGUUUAGUUUUUUUUUUUUUACCGCUUAGGAUUUAGUUUUUAUGUCUUGUUUUGGAUUUUCUCUACAGAAAUCCUAAGUCAAGUGAGAGCUUAUUUUAUAAGUGUAUUUUAUCCUUCUUUUUUGUACUUCUAAACCCAUUAAAGGUUUUACAUUAAGUUACAUUUUUAAUAAAUUAUUUUCUGAAUUGCAUUUAAUUGUGUAGAAAAUGUUUAGGACAAAUUUUAUAUAAAAAACAUGAAGUAUGUCUUUUAUAGGUUGUAAAUGCAAGACUUUAAACAUUCCAACAGUUUAAUUAAACUUAUCUGUAUGCACUUGACAAGGUGAUGCAGUGUGAAGACCUUAGUUGUUAUAAUAAGAUCUCAAACCCUGAAGGUGGUUUGGGUUGUUGCAGAAGAAUAUAGAAAGCCUCAGCAACCUAAUAAAGAAGGCUGGUUCUGUUCUGAAGAUGAUGAUGCAAAGAAGGAUUCUUCAUAAAAUCAAGAAAGUUAUGGACAACCCUGACCAUCCUCUUCAUGAGACUGUUAUGCAACAAUAGCAUGUAUUCCUCAGGCUUCUUUUGAACACAUAUUUCAGCAUAUACAAUAACUCUUUGAAGAGCCUUAGAUAAUGAGUUACAUUUAAUUUCCCUUUGAGAACAAUAAAGUAGUUUUGAACUGAAUUAAGUUGAAUUGUGUAUUGAGACAAGACACCUCAGUUUUUUUGUCUGAGCAUUUAAUUUUAAGAGUAGAAAAGGAUGAUCAAGUUUGGGGACAGAAGGGUGACUGCCUGCUUCUUAGCUGGCAAACAUGAAAUGCAGUCAUGAGUAUGCAUUUAAGUAGCCCAGUUUAUAAUGUACAGAGAGAGCAUCAUGCAGUUUAUCACAAAAUGUAUAAGGCUGUAUGAGACAAGUCAAUGAUCCUGAUUCAGCUGUGUUCUGCUGAUUCCAGGACAGAAGAGAACUGGAAAUGUAAGGCUUUCAUAACUGCAGAAACUCCAAUAUGUAAUAUGCUGUAUAUAUUUAUGAGCACACCCUGAUAUUAUGUGUAUAGGUGAAAAAGAGAGAGAAAACAGGCAGAGACAGUAGAAACAAGAUCACUCAAUGUACUAUAAUCAUAGUGUUAUUUCUGAAGUUUUAAUCUUUCCUUUGUUUGCUAACUGUCUCUGGACAUUUUCAUGUGCUUUUCAAAACAACUAUUUCUUUUCAUCAAGCAUUUCAAAACCAACAAUUUUCUGUACCAUUAAAGCUACAGUAAGUAA